AUGACGACGCAGGCCAGGACGAAGGGGUGGGAAAAGGACUCCAAAAUAAACGCCGACUACGAGUAUGAGAGGUUAAUCAAGCUGGAAAAUAAGUUCAACAUUAAACCAUGGCUGAGUAAAGGGCAGAAGGAGGGGUAUCUGUACAACAUAGUGCCCACCGUUCUCAAUGUGGUUGUCAACAAUUCGAACAAGUCGCAAAAAAAGACAGGCGUGCAUAUGUACUUCGUGUCGGACAAUAACAAGACGUGGAGACUGACUAUGUUCUACCGGCCGUACUUCUACCUGAAAACGAAGAACAUCCACAACUACGAGGCGGUGACCAAGUACCUAAGGAAGGAGUUGGACAAAUACAACGUCGACAUAGAUUACGUGAAGAAGGAAGACCUGAGUCUGUAUGACCACCUAAAUAAGAAAAGGAGCUACCUGAGUAACAUUUUCUUUAAACUCUCCUUCGACACUAUAGAAAAUCUCUUGAGUGCGAGGGAUUUUAUCUCCAAAAUAAUUGAGCGAAACAAGAAGAAUAAGGAGUGCAACAACACUUCAAAUAACGACAAGCAUAUUUUUAAUGAAUACGAAUAUGAACUAUCACAGAGCAAAUUAGAUUUUUCUUACAAGCACGAUGUUUCCUAUACCAAAUAUGAGGAGCCUGGCGAAAUUGGCAGGGUGAUCAAAAAAGAACGUGGAGGUGCUCACACAGAGGAUCAAAAGGACUCCAAAAAGACACACACAUCCAACAACAGCACUGGAGACCGCGGGGGAAGAGCUAAGAAAAACGAUACACACGUAACGGUGAACACCCAAAAGCUAAACAUGAACGAAAUAGUAGUAACUACGAAGAAGCAAAUUCUAAGCAGGGAAGAAAUUUUGCAAGAAAUAACAGAGAUAUAUGAAUACGAUGUGAAGUACACCACACGAAUAUGCAUAGAUCAAAAUAUCAGAUGUGGACUAUGGUAUAGGAUCACAAGGGAUGAAGAAGAAUUGUACACAGAGACGGAUGCAGUCCAUUUCGAGGUAUUAAAUAAGAAAGUCCUUGCCCCAUUAAAUGUACUUGCCUGGGAUAUCGAGUGUUACAAAGAUGAACUGAAAUUUCCAGAUAAAGAAAAGGACGAAAUUAUCCUCAUAUCCUAUAUGUACAACGCACAGGGGUACCUAAUAGUUAACAGAAAUGUGAUGAGCAAAAAUAUUAGAGAGUUUUUAUACAAGCCAAAUGAAGAAUACUCUGGAGCAGGGACCUUCAAAAUCUUCAAUGAACAAAAUGAAUAUUUCCUUUUAAAAAGAUUUUUAGAACAUAUAAAACUUUUGAAAAUCCACAUUUUUGUCACAUACAAUGGGGACUUCUUUGACAUUCCGUACCUCUUCCGGAGAUGCGAGCUGAACAACUUGAGUGUACCUAAACAAAUUGGGUUCAUCAUGAAUAACAACAAGCAAGAAUGCUCAUGUAAUUUUAUUCUAAAUAUAGAUGCAUACAAGUGGGUCGAACGGGAUUCUUACUUACCUAAUGGGUCCAGAACAUUAAAGAGUGUGUGUAAAAUUAAGCUAAAAUAUAACCCUACCGAGGUGGACCCAGAACUUAUGGUUUCUAUUGCAAAAAAGAACCCACAACAUUUGGCUGUAUACAGUGUCUCAGAUGCAGUUGCCACAUUUUAUCUCUAUGAUAAAUAUAUACACAAUUUUUUAUUCGCUUUGUGCUCCAUUAUACCCAUGAAUCCAGACAACGUUCUGAGACAGGGAAGUGGAACCCUAUGUGAACAGUUACUAAUGGCAGAGGCGUAUAAAAAAAAUAUUCUUUUCCCUAACAAGUUCAAGCCUGCAUAUAAUCAAUACUUCACUGAUGUCGAAAGUAAAAAAAAAUAUUUUAUAUAUGAUGAUUCCUUUGUUGGUGGAACUGUGCAGAGUCUAAAAUGUGGAAUCUACAGAGACGAUCUCAAGGAGCACUUCAACUUAGAUGUAGACACGUACAAAUAUCUGUUGCAAAAUGUGGAUAGCAUUAUCGACUUUUGGGUUCAAAAGGAUCUGAACAAAAAUUGCAGUCCUAGUGACCAAAAUUAUAUUAACAAAAAUCAAAUUAUUAAUUUGAAACAAAUUAAAAAUGACAUUAUAGACAAAUUAAAUUUCUUCAUCCAAAACCCUAGCAUUAGCAUAUGCCCCAAUAUUUACCACUUGGAUGUUGCUGCCAUGUACCCGAACAUCAUCCUAUCGCACCGUUUGCAACCAAAUGCCAUCGUAACACAGGACCACUGUUUCAACUGCUCCUACUACAAGCAGCGCCACUUGUGCCAGAAACAGAUGGUGUGGAAGAGGAAGCUCGAAAUUUCCCCCAUUGAUUAUGGCCAUGUGCUAUCUCUCAAGCAGGACCUCAAGACGCGCCUCUUCUACCCCCAGAAGAGCUUCUUCAAGAUGAAUAACAAGGACGAGUCUGACAGCAGCUCGAACGACAGCGCGACGAACGUGCCCAUCAGCAAGAAGAAGUCCUGGAAUGAGCUGACAGAAAAGCAGCAACACGACGAACUAAUGAAAGUGAUAAAGGAAUGCUCCCAGAGGGUGUUCAAAAAGACAAAGGUCGCCAAGGAAGUGGACGCCUCGAGUCUGGUGUGCCAGAGGGAAAACCCUUUUUACGUGGACACCGUGAGGACCUUCCGAGACAGAAGAUACGUUUACAAAAAGGGGCUCAAGGAAUGCGAACAUGAAAAAAAGGAACUGCUAAAGGCAAACAAAAUAGACUACAUGAAAAUUCAAGAAUUGGACGAUAAAAUUUUAUUAAACGAUUCGUUACAAUUAGCGCACAAGUGCAUACUGAACAGCUUCUACGGAUAUGUAAAGCGAAAAAGCAGUCGCUGGUACUCAGAUCAAAUGGGAGCCAUUGUAACUUACACAGGGUCACAAAUAAUAAACGGCGCUUUUAAUCUUAUUAACAAAAUUGGAAUACCUGUGGAGCUGGACACAGAUGGAAUAUGGUGCAUGCUUCCAAAAAAAUUCCCAGAAAUAUAUGACGUAUACAUUGUAGAGAAAAAUGCUUUAAACAAAAUAAAAGAAUAUGAAGAUAAAACAGAGGAGGAAUUAAAAAAUGACGCAAGUGUGAAAAAGGUAGAAUUUGAAUUCCCUACGAAUAUCUUAAAUUUCGAGAUGCACAAGAAAUGGACAAACCAUCAAUAUCUAAUUUAUAACGAAAACACAGAUGAUUACGAAUGCAUAAGCAAAAAUGAAAUUUUCUUUGAGUUGGAUGGUCCCUGGCAUGGUAUGUUCCUACCUGCAUCAGAAAAGUCUGAUGAACUGCUCAAAAAAAGAUAUGUCGUCUUUAAUGACAAAUAUAAAAUUAGCGAACUCAAAGGAUUCGAAAUUAAAAGAAGAGGGGAGCUAAGAAUUAUACAGAAAUUCCAAAGCGAAAUUUUUAAUCACUUUUUAAAGGGAAAGACAAAGGAAGAGUCAUAUUACUAUGCUUCCCUAACUGCAAACAAGUGGAAAAACUUGAUAGACAGUAAGGCGGUAGACAUAGAUAAUGACGACGAAUUAUUUGAUCUCAUUUUAGCCAAGAAAGUUUUAAACAAAUCGGUGAAGGAACAACCAAAUGCUAAAAGCUUUGGUAUUACUACUGCUAAGCGGUUGAGUGAACUGCUAUGCAAUACAAGUUACGUGGAAGACAAUAAUGUGUCUACUCAAUUCAUCGUUGCCUCCAAGCCUGUAGGAUCCGAUAUCACAUUCAGGGCCAUCCCUAUUCAAAUAUUUAAAACUAACGUGGAAACGCAAAUUCAUUAUUUGGGAAAAUGGUUAGGUGUUAAAUUCCCUCCUGACGUCCCUGUUAAUGUAAGGGAUAUUAUUGACUGGGAUUAUUACAAGCAAAAAUUAGAAGUCCAAAUUUUAAAGUUAGUCAUUAUCCCCGCUAUUAAACAAAAUAUUAACAACCCAAUCACUUCCAUUUCUGUGCCCGAGUGGCUCAAAAAGCAAAUUAAUAUUUCAGAGGGCAAACAGAAAAAAAUCACCGCCUUCUUUGUUAAAAAGACCGUUAAGAAGGAGUGCAUUUCGAGUGAUCAGGCUAACAGUAGUACCCCGUUAAAGGGAGAAAUGGACGAAGAAGUAAAGGAGAAGAAUAAGUUAGACGACCCUAGCUUGCACUCCUUGGAAAAAAAGAGCCCAUUCGCAGUGGAUCCCGCAUACAAUGCGAUGAACAUUUCAGCUGACACAUUACACAACGGUGCAUCCCCUGUCGGUCCGAAGAAACGCUCGUUGGAGCAGUGCCUUUUGGAAAACUUCAUCUCAAAGCGGAAAAAGCUGGGUCAACUUAACGAUAACACCUUGACCGGCUUCACGCACAGCAACUCUGGUUCUAUGGGCUACAAAAAAGUAAACUCGAUGGACAGUUACCUGGAGAACAACAAUAUUAUUAUUAUUAACCACGAGAAGAUCAGCAAUUUGAAGUACACAGAGCUGUUCGAAAUGUUCCAAACGAAUUUCCAAAAAUGGAUGCAAAUUAAUAAUCGAAUAUGGAAAAGUAAUAGAAGUGAAAUUAAGAAAAUCAGAAAAGAGAACAGGAAUAAGAGGAAGAUGUAUUCCCUCGCACAUGAUGAAGAAGAUGAAAAUGGAAGGAAAAGGACUGGCGCCAAUCCUUCAUCCUACCUGGCUGAUGCAGAUGAUGAAAAAACCAACUCCCAAAAAUUGUCCAGCCUGGAACCCAAAUAUUUGCAUUCCAUUCAGAACGCCAUGGAUAUUGUGUACCUUUACAAAAAGGUGAAAAGGAAGAAAAAAGUAGCCCCCACGCCAAAAAAAGGAAAACAUAGUGGCACUAACCCCUGUGCAGCGAAUGGAAACAGUUCGAAUGGUCCUGUGAAUAAUUACACAAAGAACGAAAAACAGACAUUACUGAAACCAUAUUUGGAAUACUUCAAACAUGAAACCGAAUCAGAUUCUUCCAACGACGAGGGUGACAUAUUUAGCGAAACGAAUAUGAUUGAUGAAAAUGAUGAUGAUGGAAUAUACUACGCAAUUGUGUCUUUAAAAAAUAUGAACAAAUUUUACACAAUAAAAAUUCAAAUAUAUAGACAUAUAUACAUCAAUAAUUAUGAUCCCCUGGACAUAAAAAGUAACAACAAGAUUACCAUCAAAUUAAUUUCUUCAUCCGGAUCAUCCAAUUCACACAACAGUGACAAUUUCAUGUUUCACUCCAACGCAUUCACAAAUUGUUUUUUGCCCAGAAAUGUAAAAAUAUUUAAUUUGUACGAGUUCAUUAUGACGGAAAGGUAUUUCAACAAAUACGUCGUGAACACGCUGAACGCAAACUACCAUGAAAGUAUCGUCUCUGUGUACGAGACAAGGAUUCCACUUUAUUUUGAUUUCCUCAGCAGAUAUGGAAACUCAGUAGAGAUCGACUCUAAUAAUUACAACUCCAUUUUUGAUGAAAACAAAUGCUUCAAGUCUCACUGCUUCUCCAAGGUAGAGAAAAACAAAGUGAAAAAUGUCUCUCAUGAUUACCUGGAUGAUGUGCAUUUCAUAUAUGUCCAUAUUUUCCACACGCUCGUGGAUAAUGUGUGUAACCGCAUCUUCAUCGGCGUAUAUGACCAAUUUGAGGAGAACGCGGAUGAGCAGUUGUUCGGCUGUAAGCUCAUGUUCAGCGGCGUCGGUAAGGACUGCGGCUCCUUCGACCCAUACGAAAUCUUCCUCAAGUUUACACAGCUGGAGAGUGAUACCGGCAUGAACAACGCGGUGGAUGGCGACCCUCAAAUAGGAGAACCCGCCCUAAACCAGGCGAAAGAACACCUGCUUGACAGAGAAUUUUUUAUCAAAAACGUACAUAGAGACUUCCUAUUCCUGUACCAUUACCGAAAGUUCGAAACCUAUUUUGAAGACAACGCCAAUGUGUACAAAGUGUUGGAGCACUUAGAUGUGUACUUAAAUAAAUAUCGAAGCAACAUGCUGAUGGGAAAGAAGAAGUACAUCUUCUACGUAUCGUCAACUAUGGAUAAAGAAAAAUUAGGAUGGUGGAGUACCAACAAAUAUUUCCCUUGCUACUUUUACAAAUUUGAAAAUGCUGUAAAGUAUCAAAAUGUUAACCGAAUUAAUUACAAAAAACAUGCCUUCAAUUUGUCUUUACAACUUUUUUAUGAAAAUUAUCACAAAGUGGAAGAAGAUUUAAAUUUCUCGAGAAUAUCAAAUAUACCACUUUUCAACCUGCUAAAUGUUAGCAGAAAAAAUCAGAAGCAUAAAUUUAUAUAUGACACGCUGUAUGCAUCUUUUUUGAAAAGAUACAAAGGGAUUUUAUGGCUAUCCUAUUUUGGCCACUACGAUUUGGGAAUCCCCUGUUUAAAUAUCAACAACUUUUGUGACUACGAUUUGGUGAAGAAAAAUAGUGACAUAAUAAACCAAGGCAUUUACAGGGGGUAUAUAGUACACCUAUUCUUUAAUGAGUCUCUCAUUUUUAAUAGCGUUAGAUUGUUCACCAAGUAUGCUAAUGUGAAACCGCCUACUGAGUACUACCAAUCGUCCAUUGCUGGAAGGAAUGCCCACCACAAUAAGAAAGGAGACAAGAGAGGAGCGUGGGGAGGCACUGAACAUGACACUGCGGAGAAGAAGCGCCACAAGAUGAAGUAUGGGAAGAAAGGUGAGAACAAUGAGGAGGGGUUGUUGGACGAAGAUGAUAUGUCCACGACGGACGACAAUUAUAACAAAGUUGGGGGAAUUUCGCACCGGAAAGGAAGAACGGGCAUCGCACAACAUAAAAUGGGUGAUGGCACGAAGAGACACAAUCACCACAACAACGACAAGGAUGAGGAUGAUGACAUGGAAGGAGAGGAAGAGGGGGAUGGUAUGUCCGACUUGAACGAAAAGAAAAACUUAAUCAAAAAUAAAUACGACAUAAAUACCAUCGUGGAACAUAACUCACAUGUCUCCCAAUUCAGCAAUCACGCUUUUAAAAUACUGGGCCAAUCAUUAGAGUACCUCAUAUCCAAGAUCUCCUCCCUGUCCAUGUUAAUAACAAAUAAGACAUUCGAAAGUAUCUCUGAAAUAUUCACGUCCUUCUACUCAUGGGUCUCCAACAAUUCCAGUCUGCUCUACGAUAUCGCACUAUACAACAAAGUGUUAGAGUGCACAGAAAUUUACCAAAACAAUUUAAUAAACAUAUUGAAGAAAAAAUUUAAUGCUAAUAUAAUUUUUGCGGACUUUAGAAAUUUCGUCAUUUCUUUUAAUGAAUUUUCAGUCAUAUCGGGCAGAAAUAUUUUAAAAGGCCUAAUCCAGUACUUCUCCCAUUGUGACUCCAUAUAUGCUAAUGUGCCUUUUUAUAUUAAACAGGAAUACAUUGCAGCUUGCCAAUUUGAUAAGUAUAAUUUUAUAAGGUAUAAGGAAUAUUCCAAUCCGAAUGAAGAAAAUACUGAUGAAAAUUUAAAGAUAAUUGAAUAUCUUCCCCCUAUUUGUGAAUCCUUCUUGAGAUAUGUCCUCGAUGUCAUCACCUUGAACCCUCUCCAAGACAUCAUGACGCUGUAUGAUAAGUGGGAUCCCCAGUGUGACAAACAACAGGAAGGAGGAGUGAACACCUUGUCCUCGCCAGGCAAAGCAAUCCCAGUGGAUGAACAAAAUGAUAACAAAAUGGGAAAUAUGGCAGCAGCAAACAGAAAGGACGAAAAGAACUACUUCAAUAUGGUCCUCAAAAGUGACAAAUUAACGGACAAGAUAAACCUAACACAAAGAGAACAAAUGAAAUAUAUUUAUGAUAAAUCAUUUGACGAUUUGGAAGAAGUCUGCGAAAGUUUAGCUCUCAUCAACGAAAAUGUAGACGUGCUGUCAUACAAGAUAGAAGAAAAAUUAAAAGAUCUGUGGUUCAUGCCAGGACAUGUGUAUAAAAAAAUUAAAAAAUCGAUCAAGUAUAAAAAAUAUUUAGUGGAAAAUUACUGGCCAUAUGAUGAUGACGAAAUGGAUGAAAUGGACGAAAGUAAUAUGAACAUGGUCCCAUUUUUAUUUCCAAAAACUUUGGGAAAUAUAGCUAAAAGAGAAAAUAACUGGAGACUAGAAAUUGUCAAAUUCUGCUUAUUUCUCAUGCAAAAUGAUAAACUGCUAAACCUAGAGAAUGAAAAUUGUAAUGAAGCUUUCCACGAAAAAAGACAUGAGCUUUUUGAAAUUGUGGGCGACAGUGAAUACAACAGGAAAAAUUCCCUCUGGAAAAGUCCCUGCCCAGAAUUAAUUUUAAAAGAUAUCUUCUGUGAAAAUUGCUCAUCAGUGUACCACAUGAAUGUUGUCACCAGUUUGGUGGAGGCGGAGAUUAAUGGAAAGCCGUCCUUCAUUUGGUUGUGCAAAAAUUGCAACUCCAAAUAUGACAACGAUUUUAUUGAACUAAAAAUUUUGUCGCUGCUGCAGGAGACCUUUGAUGCGUAUAAUGCCCAAGACCUCGUGUGCAACAACUGCAACGCCAUCAAGUCCUUCUACCGCAGGGCAAUUUGCAAAUGCGGGCAAACCUUUACACCCCGUUUGGAUAUUACCAACUGGACCCGAACACUGGAGAUUAUGGAAAAUUUAGCCACCAUGCUGAACAUGCCUAUAUUGCUAGACGUUUUGAAGUCGAUGAAAACGUACCUUGUGUGA